AUGAACAGACUUUUUGGAACCAAAUCUGCCGCCCCGAAGCCUUCUUUAAAUGAUGCUAUCAAAGGAAUCGAUGAAAGGGUGGGGUCAUUAGACGUCAAGCUCAGUAAAAUCAAUUCUGAGCUAAGCACUUAUCAACAAAAGAUUGCCAGAAUGCGCGAUGGUCCAGGCAAAUCUGCUUUGAAGCAAAAAGCGUUGAAACUCCUAAGACAGAGAAAGCAGAUUGAAGCUCAGAAAGACCAGUUGGAGAGCCAGCUGUGGAAUAUGUCUCAGGCUUCAAUGACUACUGAUAAUUUGCAAAACACAAUGGUUACAAUAAAUGCCAUGAAAACGGCGAAUAGAGAGUUGAAGAAAACAUACGGUAAAAUCAACAUCGAUGAGUUGGAAAAUUUGCAAGAUGAGAUGUUGGAUAUAAUAGACAAGUCAAAUGAACUUCAAGAGGCACUUUCCACCAGUUAUGAUGUUCCUGACGAAAUAAGUGAAUCGGAACUAGAUGCAGAGUUGGAAGCAUUAGGCGAAGAAAUGGACUUUGAAAAUGAAAUGGCAGAGAGUGGCGUUGGCGUUCCAAGUUAUUUAAGUAAUACUGAACCUGUUUCUGACAAACUUCCCACAUUUAUUGAUGAAGAGCCUGAAAAGGCUGAAAAAAUUGCCAACUAA